AGAACAGCUCAACUGCAAUCUCUUGAGUUUCUUCACCUCGUUAGAUUAAACACCGAGCGUGUCUGCAUUAGAACAACCAUAUAGUUGAAGAUUACCUGUUGAGUUCUUCAAGUAAAUAGUUCAUUCGAUUAUGGCUCUCACCAACUCAAUUUCAUUUUUGAGCACCAAGCUCCCUUCUCACUGUAUCAUCUUUUUCAUAAUCCUGAUAAUCUCUCACGGAGAUUCACUUUCUUUUAACUUAUCGGGUUUUAGUCCUCACAUGGAAGACAUAAUUUUCGAAAACGACUCGUUGGUGUUCCCAUCAGAUCCAGUUAUUCAGCUGACGAGGAACCAGGCUGACAACAAUCUCAGCGGCAGCGUCGGCCGAGCUUUGUACGCCCACCCAGUUCGUCUCUGGGAUGCCAAGACGAAAGCUCUCACAGAUUUCAUCACCCACUUCACUUUCGUCAUGAAAGCGCUUGACAAUGACUCAUUUGGAGAUGGAAUCGCCUUCUUCCUUGCUCCCUUGGGCUCGCGAAUUCCUCCCAACUCCAGCGGCGGCGGACUGGGUCUGUUCACCGAUGAUCAAUCUGCUUCCGAUUCUUCCAAAAACCAGAUUGUCGCCGUUGAGUUUGAUAGUUAUAAGAAUUCUUGGGACCCAGAUGAUAAGCACGUGGGUAUCCUUGUAAACUCCAUUAUUUCAGUAACGAACGUGACCUGGAAAGAUAGCAUUAGAGAUGGAAAAAAAGCCAACGCUUGGGUGAGUUACAACUCGUCAACUCACAACUUGAGUGUGUUUUUAAGUUAUGCUGACAAUCCAGUCUUGGGCACCAACUCGAGCCUCUGGUUUGAAAUCGAUUUGCGGGAUGUUUUGCCGGAGUGGGUCAGAGUAGGCUUCUCAGCGUCGACCGGCCAGUUUGUUGAAAUCCACAACAUUCAUUCAUGGAGUUUUAAUUCGACUCUGGAGGCCGGAGAUGGGAAAGAGAAAGUCAACGUGGGUCUUGCUAUUGGGUUAAGUUGUGUUGGUCUUGCUGUAUUGGCUUGUGGGUUUGGCUUCUUCUGGUUCGUGAUUUGGAGGAAAAGAUCAGAUCAGAGAGAAGAUGAUGAAGCCAUUGAUGUCGCCAUGAAUUAUGAAUUUGAAAGAGGGACUGGCCCUAAGAGGUUCACUUACCGGGAACUGAGCCGGGCGACGAACGGGUUCGCCGAGUCAGGGAAGCUCGGCGAAGGAGGAUUUGGCGGCGUUUAUAAAGGUCAGUUAAGCGAACCCAAUGGAGAAAUUGCCGUCAAAAAGGUAUCAAGAGGAUCAAGACAAGGCAAGAAGGAGUAUAUAUCAGAAGUUAAGAUCAUUAGCCGUUUGCGACACAGGAAUUUGGUUCAACUAAUCGGUUGGUGCCAUGAAAAAUCAGAGUUCCUUCUUGUCUACGAAUUCUUACCAAAUGGAAGCCUUGACACCCACCUGUUCGGAUCCAAAACAAUGCUAACUUGGCCCAUGAGAUACAAAAUAGCUCAAGGCUUAGCUUCCGCCCUCUUGUAUCUUCACGAAGAAUGGGAACAAUGCGUGGUGCACAGAGAUAUCAAGUCCAGCAAUGUCAUGUUGGAUUCAUAUUUCAAUGCCAAGCUUGGUGAUUUCGGCCUUGCAAGGCUUGUAGACCACGAACUUGGCUCGCAAACCACUGUCUUGGCUGGCACCAUGGGCUACCUUGCCCCUGAAUGUGUCACCACAGGAAAAGCUAGCAAAGAAUCUGACAUCUACAGCUUCGGCGUCGUGGCUCUUGAAAUCGCCUGUGGAAGAAAGCCUGUUGAGCCAAGAGCAGAGGAGAGUAAGGUGAGGCUAAUAGAGUGGGUUUGGAAUCUGUAUGGAGAAGGCAAUUUGCUUGAAGCUGUUGAUUACAGAUUAGAGAGAGACUUUGAUGAGCGGCAAAUUGAGUGUUUGAUGACUAUUGGGUUAUGGUGUUGUCACCCAGAUUACACUAUGCGCCCAUCCAUAUGGCAAGUUAUCAAUGUGCUCAAUCUUGAAGCUCCAUUGCCGAGCUUACCGUCCAAGUUGCCUGUGGCGAUGUACUGUUUGCCGCCCAUGGAUAUCUGCAACUUCUCUUAUACAUCCAGUGGCUUCACUGGUUCUGACAGAGAUAGAACAGAAUGUUCUACUAGCUGCUCCGCAUAUUCUUCCAAGUCAGCUGGCACUACUCAAGCUUUACGUAAGUCAAUCUCUGAUUCAUGAUUAGCCAAAAAUGGUAAAUUCGAACCAUAUUAUUCACAUUUCCAGCAACUCAGAUUCGAUUCACAGAGCAUGUAAUUUGAAUAAGUGUUGUAUAAUGAGAGUGCGGGGUUGAUUUUUGGAUGGUACAUACAAAUGAGUAACUUCGUAAGCUCAAUAGCAGCUAAGUUUCAAAACAUUUCUAUGUUGAAUUCAAAAUACAAGAUUCCUACUUAAA